GUUCUUUUGAUGGGGAUUCUCUGUUGUUGCACUUCUGGUCAAUCAAAUCCAGCCCUAGAUACUGGCCCUGCUCCUGUUGUACUAGCCCCAGUAUCAAUCCCUGACCCAGACAUAGCUCCUACCUCUCCUGGACAUUUCUUUGAAGGAUUUGAGUUGUUCUUUAACUUUUGACUAGAAAAAGGAAGUCAUAAUUAACUUUUGACGAAGAAAAAAAGAGGUCAUAAUCAUGUCCAAGCACUCUUAUUUUCUCAGUUUUUCGCUUGACUGAGGAUAUCAUUAAUCAAAGCCAGGCAACUAAGCAGGGAGCUCGAUCCUGCUACAAAGCCAAUACAAGAAACAGAACAUCUAAAAGCAACAAGAAACUCUUCAACUGCUACAAACUAACAGCAAGAAAUACAUGCCAACUGAAAUUCCACAACUAAAUAGGUCAGAAUAUCUGGGGUCCUUUCGGCUUCCGAGCGUGAAAUAUCCUUUCUGGUUAGCGAUGUCACCGUCAACAACUGGUUCUCUAUGGUAACCAUGACUUUUACAAGAAGGAGGUCCGCUGCUUUGGGAAAAAAUGCUCCUGAGGACAUUGAACUGCCAGCCCUUCCAGAUGAGACACCAGAGUCAAAGUUGAGAGUUUUCACGUUUGAACAAUUGAAGACAGCAGCCUUCGAUUUUAGAAGUGAUAUGUUACUGGGAAAAGGAGGUUUCGGCAGUGUCUACAAGGGUUUGCUCAAAGAAAAGUUAUUUAAAGGAUAUACCAGGAAACGGCGGAUUGCUGUCAAGAAAUUGGAUUCUGACAGCAAGCAAGGUCUUCGACAGUGGCAGACAGAGGUCGGUUUCUUAGCAAGGGUUUCUCAUCCAAACAUUGUAAAGCUGCUAGGAUACUGUCAGGAAAAUGCAAAUAAAGAGUUGCUUAUUGUCUAUCAAUUCAUGGAGAAAGGCAGUUUAAAUUACCAUUUGUUUGGAAAGCGCUCUGAUCGGCUUCUUCCUUGGGAAACAAGGUUAAAGAUUAUAACAGGAAUGGCUCGAGCCCUAUCUUAUUUGCAUACAAUGGAAAGGCCAAUAAUUUUCAGAGAUUUCAAGACCUCGAAUAUAUUGCUUGAUGAGACCUAUACUCCGAAACUAUCAGAUUUUGGCUUGGCAAAAUGGGGCCCCAAUGAUGGUAGUUCACAUGUAACAGGAAAUGUUAUGGGCACAUAUGGCUAUGUUGGUCCUGAAUAUAAGAAUGGAGGGAAGUUGUAUGUAAAGAGUGAUGUGUACAGUUAUGGAGUAGUAUUGAUGGAGAUGCUGACAGGCUUACGGGCAAUUGACAAAAAUCGGCCGCCAGGGCAACAGGACCUGCGGGAAUGGGCUUUACCGUUUCUUUCAGAUAGAUCAAGGUUGAGACAUAUAAUGGAUCCCAGACUGCAGGGUAAAUAUGGGACCAAACAAGCUUCAGAAAUAGCUGUACUUGCUGUUAGAUGUGUUAAAGCAAAUCCCACAUUCCGGCCAUCUAUGAAAGAAGUUGCUGAGACAUUGGAUAGAUUGAAGCUCCAGAAGUAGCACUACCAUGCCGGCUAUUGAUACAAGAAGCAGCUGAUACAAUAGAUUGAACUUCGAUUGCGGUUUAUAUAAACAUGUUACAGAAGUCAAUUGAUAAACACUUUGAUCAUUUCUGGUCCUGCAAGAUUUUGCUUGUGAUCUGUUUCACUUCCCCGAUGAGAAGAAGUGGUCUUUGGUGUGUAAAUAAUGUAAAAAGAUAAUUAAGACGUCCUUAAUAUACAGCUUUGGCAACACAUAA